UAGAAUCAGUCGUCCCAGGAUCGCGCAAUAGCUAAGUUUUAUUUCCAGCAAACCGGCUUUAGGUUAAUCGAUUAUAAGAAAAAAUGAAAACGGUUGCAGUUUUGCUGGUUUGCUUCGUUGUGUGUCUAAAUUAUGUAACAGCAAACGAGCUCAAAUGCAUUCAAUGCCAUAGCGAGAAUGUAACCUGCUCGGAGCCAACGGUGCAGUGUACCAGUGAAUAUGUGGCCACCAACAUAGAUAUACUGAUUCAGCUCAAGGCAGAUAUUGAAAUCAAUAAAAAAUCCGAAGACUACCGGUGCUUUGAUGCAGAAUUCGAAAAAGAAAAAGGAAUUAUCUUCGUCAGAGGUUGCAUGUACGAUUACGUAGACCUGUGCGCCGGCGACGCAGUGCAGGACGUGAGCCAGAACGCCUGUUCACGUUGCGAUACUGACGAGUGCAACAAUGGCGCCAGCAGUUUGACGCUUAGUUUUGGUCUGAUGGUCGGAUUAGUCAUUACUGUUAAAACAUUUUUACUGCAAUAGAAUUCUUAUCCGAAAUCAUAUUUCUUAU